GUAAUCUUGUUAUGACGUUACAAUAAUCAACGUGUAGGUUCAAUGCGUAGGAAUGAACGUGCCGACGCCAGCGCCUCACCAACAGACUACCGGGCAACAACCUUCACGAGCAUGGGAUGCCUUUUCCGCCCCAAGGUUCCAGACUAUUAAAUUCUUGGGCAGAGGUGGUCAGGGCUUCGUGCAGCUGGCGUAUGACAACUUACAUAAGCAAAGCGUAGCUAUCAAAUAUAUUGACCGGGGAUGGAGUCGGGGGUUCUACAAGUAUGUUCUGCGCGAAACCUUAAACCACCAGCAGCUGUCUUUGUGCAAGCAUCCUCACAUCGUGGAGUUCCACGAGGUCUUCUUAACGCCGUCGUACUUGGCGGUUGUGAUGGAGUACGUCAACGGAACGAAUUUGCAGCACUACCUUGAGGCGGCUGGGGGCAAGCUGCCCGAAGACGUGGCGCGGUUUAUCUUCCAGCAGCUUGUGAUUGCCGUCGACUUUUGCCACAAGAAAGGAAAAGUCAAUCGGGACAUCAAGCUGGCGAACAUCUUACUGCAGGAGGGGCACCUGCCGCUGGUGAAGCUGUGCGACUUCGGCUUCUCCAAGGACAAGUUCGAUGACUCGGAGCCGCAGACCCAGAUUGGCACGGCCUUGUUCACCGCCCCGGAGAUCUUCACCAACCAGGUAUAUGACGCCGAGGCAGCCGACGUGUGGUCGUGCGGCGUGGUCCUGUUCGUCAUGCUGUUUGGAUGCCACCCCUUUCUGUCUAUGGAGGACACGCAACAACGCAAACAUGCACAAGUGAGUGGCCGUGUGUGCAGCGACUGGGGGUUGGUGCCGACGGUGGAGCUGUACCCCCAGGCUAUGGAUCUGGUGCACCACAUACUGGUGUCUGCUCCCAGUCAGCGGUGCAAGCUGCCUGCCAUCAUGGCGCACCCCUGGUUCCAGGAUAAGCUGCCGCCGGGCGCACUGCUGCUGAACGCGGCGUACCUGUCCAUGGAGCACCCCGUAGGCGAGUAUGUGCGGGGGAGGGGGGAGAUUGAUUUCGGUUAG